AUUGAUCCCGGUACGUUCCCCGAGGGCCGACGCCAUGUCGGAGCUCGCGCCCGAGUUCGGCGCGCUGCACCCGCUAGUCCCGCCGCUCGCCCUCGCGGUUUGCAUAUCGUGCGUCGCUGGCGCCGGGGCUCUCGCCAACUGCGCGCUUUUAGCCGGGCUGUUCAAGCGGUCAAGAAACGGUAAAUGUUCAAACAAACUUUAAUACGAGUUUACCAAUACCAAAUUAAGAUACGAAAUAAGUAAAUGACUGAUACCAAAGCAUUGAGAAUUUUUGUCUAUUAUUAUGUAUUUCUAAGUUUUUCACUUUUAAAUUUCUUAGAUUAUUCAAUAAAAUAUUUAUUUAAUGUAUACAAAAUGUACCUAUUCGUAGUUAUCUUUGCUUCUGUCUACAUAGUAUCGAUUGUGAUCGAAAAUGUAUUCGUUCAAGUAAGCCAUAAACGAAAAAUGUUGUCAUUUAAUUUGUUAAAUGAAAAAAAUCAGGUGUGACAUCUAUAGCACAAUUUCUUUUAAUAGCUAGCUUCUAGUAAUAGAUACAUACUAAAAACGACAAUUAUUAUCGAUGUUGACGAAACCCGGGAUGACAUGAUGAUAAUAAACUUGUAAUUUUGUUUAAGUUUAACUUCUAUCUAAAUACAAAAUUUCUUUCAAAUCGUGUCUGUAAACCCAAUCACAUAUUAUACACAACUUGCUGCUCGCUUAAAGUAUAGGAUAAUUUAUCUACUAGUACUGAUUUAGUUUUAAAUUAAAAUUUGUCUUAACUUUUUAAUGAUGCCACCUAAGAUAUUCUAAAAACAAUAAUCCGAAAAAUUGCUCUUACUGAAUACUUUGAUGAAGUAUUGAAAAUAUUAUUGAUAAUCUGCACACGCUUCAGACCAAUAAAUAUUUAUUUUAUUUUAAUAAAAAAAGUAUAAAAAGUGGGGGGAGGGUGUGAAAUUACUAUUUUCUUUCUUGAUUUUUUUUCUUUUCAGGCCUGAUUUCUAUACUCAUACAUUUAUCUAUAGCAGACUUAAUAUUGCUGGGAACUUCCAUUGCACCAGAGCUAUGGGCCUUCAACACAAGAACUUGGUAUUUUGGCAGGAGCGCUUGUAUAGCAUAUCGUGGGCUAAAUGUUUUCUCUACGACGGCAUCUUUAUAUUUAGUUGCUACCAUGGCUCUUCAUGCGUUGGCUACUGUACGCCUGGAAGAAAAAGUUUCACAAAGUUCUAUGAAAAGAGAUGAUCGUAAUGAUGAUGAUGAAAUAAGGUCAUCGCGACACAGCCUUGUCACUAGUGACACCUCAACUCCACCUCGAACCAUGAACGUAGAUUACCGGUUGACCGACACAAGAAUCCGAAUUGCUCCUCCAGUAGCUUUUGUAUGGGUGUUAUCUGCAUCACUUAGCAUUCCGGAAUUUGUAUUGGCCACUACAGUCCACUUUGAUCACGAUGUGGUGUUAUGCACCCUUGUGGACACAACUCAUAGACUUAGUAUGCAUUCGUUGCUAGCAGUAUUCAACUUAUUCUUACCCUUUAUGAUAAUGAGCACAGCCGCUAUUUUAAUAAUUAUCAAACUAAAGUCGAAAAAGAGACGCUCGCAAUGUAGUGAGAGUGGGACACAUUCUGCGCUAAAAUUAUCACUGUCUUUUAUUUCCAUGUAUAUCAUUCUAUGCACACCACGUUCCAUUGUUAUGGUGUACAGUUUGUAUUCGACAUCAACAGCUGAUAAUGAAUAUGCUUUAGAGCAACCGAAUUACACUUUAGCUUUAGCUAAUCUGGUUUGCAGCUGUAUUUACCUUGUGGCAAUAGUUGUACGUCCCUUACUUUGUAUAACACUUCUUCCGUGUUUAAGAAAAAGCUUUUUUGAUCGAAGAAAUUCUAACAUGAUUGAUAUUUAAAUUUAAUGACAACAACUGUGAUCCUGUUUAUGUAGGUAUGGAAUACAUCGUAUUUUAUAAAAUGUAAAAUUAUUAAUAAAUUUAUGACAUU